AUGGCCUGUGAGGUCCCUUGUUACUUCAUUUUCGGCGACGCAUUAGUUGAUAAUGGCAAUAACAAUGGCCUUCUGACUCAUGCAAAAUCCAACUUUCCGCCUUAUGGAAUUGAUUUUUCCGACGGGCAGACUGGCAGAUUUACCAACGCUGAACUUCUAGGUUUUGACAGUUACAUCCAACCAUUUGCAACAGCAAACGGCUCAGACAUCCUUAAAGGUGUGAAUUACGGGUCCAGUGCGGCUGGAAUUUUGGAUGAAACAGGAGAACAACUGAGUCCUCAUUGGCCAAUAGUCGCUGCAGCUAAAGGUCAGUAUCUAAUUUCUACUUUAGAUGCCGAGAUUUUGUACGAGCUCGGAGCGAGAAAAGUAGCCAUUUUUGGGCUUAGUCUAAUGGGUUGCACUGCAGCAAAGCUGGCCAAGAAUGGCACAAGUGGUUCUGCAUCGGUGGAUACGAUCAAUAACGGAGUUCAACUCUUCAAUGACAAGCUGAAGCCACUUGUUGAUGGGCUCAAUAACCAUCUAGCUGAUGCCAAAUUUAUCUAUAUAAACACUACUAGCAUUUCGUUGGAGGACCCUUCAGUUCUUGCAAAGCUGGCCAAGAAUGGCACAAGUGGUUCUGCAUCGGUGGAUACGAUCAAUAACGGAGUUCAACUCUUCAAUGACAAGCUGAAGCCACUUGUUGAUGGGCUCAAUAACCAUCUAGCUGAUGCCAAAUUUAUCUAUAUAAACACUACUAGCAUUUCGUUGGAGGACCCUUCAGUUCUUGGUAAUACAAACCUAAACACUCCAUGUUGCCAAGUAUCCACAACAAUGGCCAAGGGGCUAUGUAUUCCUGGAGAAAUUCCAUGCACUAACAGAGCUGAAUAUGCAUGUUGGGACAGUUUUCAUCCUUCUGAGAGUGUGAAUAUGAUAAUUGCAAGAAGAGCAUACAGUGCUCUAUUACCAUCUGAUGCCUAUCCAAUCGAUAUUCAUCGCUUGGCUCAACUGUGA